AGUGCCCAGCUGCAGCAGCAGGGGAACCAGAUUGAGUAGCAGUGACGUGAUCAGAGCCUUGGAGAGAGGAGCUUUGGGGACUCCAUUAGCAGAGAGCUCAGGCUGCAGAGAGAGGGUGUCUGGAUCCUUACCCCCCUCCAUUUAACUCUUUGAGUACAGACUUUGCAAGAAGAGGGGAGGACAGGAGGAAAAAAAGAUGGCUUUGGAUGGUAUAAGGAUGCCAGAUGGCUGCUAUGCGGAUGGAACCUGGGAGUUAAGUAUCCACGUAACGGAUCUCAGCCGGGAUGUCACCCUAAGAGUCACCGGGGAAGUGCAUAUUGGAGGGGUGAUGCUGAAAUUAGUGGAAAAACUUGAUGUCAAGAAAGACUGGUCUGAUCAUGCCCUAUGGUGGGAGAAGAAGAAAACCUGGCUUCUGAAAACGCAUUGGACCUUGGACAAAUAUGGCAUCCAAGCAGACGCCAAACUGCAAUUCACCCCACAGCACAAACUGCUCCGGCUGCAGCUACCAAACAUGAAGUAUGUGAAGGUGAAAGUAAACUUCUCGGACAGGGUCUUCAAAGCUGUUUCGGACAUCUGCAAGACCUUCAACAUCAGACAUCCUGAAGAACUUUCCCUUCUUCGGAAACCAAGAGAUCCUACCAAGAAAAAAAAGAAAAAGAUAGAUGAGCAGAGUGAAGAUAAUAUUCUUGAACUUGAGGGGCCUUUACUGACUCCAGGAUCUGGCACUGAUGUUCUUUACAUAGGCCCAGUCAAGGGGAGCAUAUAUUCAAGCCCUGGCCUUUACAGUAAAACCAUGACGCCUACGUAUGACUCGCGGGAUGGUAGCCCUCUGUCUCCUACGUCCGCCUGGUUUGGAGAUAGUGCCUUGUCUGAAGGAAAUCCUGGCAUUCUUGCCGUCAGCCAACCAAUAACUUCGCCUGAUGUAUUGGCAAAGAUGUAUAAACCGCAGACCCUUCUGGACAAAGCCAAAAUAAACCAAGGUUGGCUAGAUUCUUCAAGAUCACUUAUGGAACAGGACGUGAAGGAAAAUGAUGCCUUACUACUUCGAUUUAAGUACUACAGCUUUUUUGAUUUGAAUCCAAAGUAUGAUGCCAUUAGAAUCAACCAGCUCUAUGAGCAAGCUAAAUGGGCCAUCCUCCUGGAGGAAAUUGAAUGUACGGAAGAGGAGAUGAUGAUGUUUGCAGCUUUGCAGUACCAUAUAAACAAACUAUCUAUGAUGUCGUCUGAAAACCACUACAAUAACAGCGAGAAAGAGGUUGAUGAGGUCGAUGCAGCGCUGUCUGAUCUGGAGAUUACCCUCGAAGGAGGCAAAACUUCUACGAUUCUGGGUGACAUUACUGCUAUUCCGGAACUUACAGACUACUUGAAGGUGUUCAAACCAAAGAAACUCACUCUGAAAGGAUACAAGCAGUAUUGGUGCACCUUCAAAGACACAUCCAUUUCAUGCUACAAAAGCAAAGAAGAAUCGAGUGGCACUUCAACACUUCAGAUGAACCUGAGAGGUUGUGAAGUCACCCCAGAUGUUAACAUAUCUGGUCAGAAGUUUAACAUUAAGCUUCUCAUACCAGUUGCAGAGGGUAUGAAUGAGAUCUGGCUCCGCUGUGAGAACGAGAAGCAAUACGCGCACUGGAUGGCUGCCUGUAGACUGGCAUCAAAGGGCAAAACCAUGGCAGACAGCUCUUAUAACUUGGAAGUCCAGAACAUCCUGUCUUUCUUGAAGAUGCAACACCUAAACCCAGACCCACAGUUUAUUCCAGAACAAGUGAACUCUGACAUUAACCCAGAAUGUGUUGUUUCACCGCGCUAUUUAAAGAAAUACAAAAACAAACAGCCAGGCUAUGUUAGAGACUUGCUUGCAGCCCGUAUCUUGGAAGCCCAUCAGAAUGUGUCCCAAAUGAGCCUCAUUGAGGCAAAGAUGAGGUUCAUCCAAGCCUGGCAGUCUCUUCCAGAAUUUGGGAUCUCUCAUUUCCUUGCCAGGUUCCAAGGUGGCAAAAAGGAGGAGCUGAUUGGCAUUGCCUACAACAGACUGAUCAGGAUGGAUGCCAGCACAGGUGAUGCAAUAAAGACAUGGCGUUUCAGCAACAUGAAACAAUGGAAUGUCAACUGGGAAAUAAAAAUGGUAACAGUGGAGUUUGCAGAUGAAAUGAGGCUUUCCUUCAUCUGCACCGAAGUAGACUGCAAAACCGUCCAUGAAUUCAUCGGUGGUUACAUUUUUCUGUCUACGCGCGCAAAGGACCAGAACGAGAGCUUAGACGAAGAAAUGUUCUUCAAACUUACAAGUGGCUGGGUGUGAGCCUGAAAACCACAGAAUUCCCGAGAGCUGUUUUUAACCGUAUGCUGCUUAAAGUCAGAUUUUAAUAAGAGAGCUUGAAGUAUAUCCACUAAAUGGAGAGUUAUGCAGUUAACAAGGUGUGCAAUAAUAAGCACUUCACUGAACGCUGAGUGUUAAAAGGGUGCAAAGUGUAGUGUGUAUCGCUGUGCUUUACACCCCUUUAUCACUCGGGUGUCAUCUACUACCAGAUGUAACAAUUUCUGCCGAUUGCCUUAUUGACUGGUAGAAAGGUCAGGAUUAACCAUUUUGUUGCCAAUGGCCUGCAGCGCAGUCAACCUUUUAGCAGCGAAAGGGUUAUACCAAGUCUAAGCUAAAGAAAGCCGUUUAAAGCCAUUAACUACACAACUAUCCAGGGCUUAAAUGUAUACGACGUGUUAUUUAUCAGGUGCAAUGCAUGUAUUUUCAUAUUUCAGUUUCUAAAGUUGACUGUGACUUUGUUUUUAAAGCCUUCUGUCUUUUAAUGGGUUUUUUUUUAGCUUGUAUUUUUCAACUUAUCAGGGCAACCUAAGAUCUUAUACUAGUCUAAAGAGCCCUUAAAAAGCUCCACUUUAACAUCUGUUUCCUAUAGCUUAAGUUUUAUUUUUGUCUACACCAUAUAGUAUUAAAACUCUAGUAUUCACCAGCAUAUUCGUCUGAUAUGCAAUGUUACGUGACAAUAUGAAGUAAAAGGUCUAAUGAAGUAUACUUUUUGUGUAACUUAUGUAAAAACACAAAUUUUAUAAGAUUGUACAGUAAUUUUUUUUUUUUUUCGUUUUUCUAAACUACUCACGUUCGCUUUAGGUAUAGUGUAUCUUCAUUUAAAAAUAUUAUUUCGCAUUUAAUGUAUGCCUCAAUUUUUAGUAUUAAAAGUUAUUUCACUACAAAA